AAGACCCUUGAACAUCUUCUGAAGUAAGUAAAUCCACCCUCUUCAUUUUCUCUCUCCUCCUCCUCUCAGUUUUUUCACACUCAACUCUUUCGUGCGACUCUUUCACUUCCAAACCCAAAACAACACAAAUCUUCCCUAUAAAUUCCUGUUUCAGGAAAAUUAAACCAUAAUCAAACCCAUCACUUCACAAAUUCUUUCAAAAAUUAAACAAAAGAAAAUUUUGUGAAAAUCAAAGAUGUCGGGCAAAGGAGCAAAGGGUUUGAUAACUGGUAAAUCGUCUGGAUUGAACAAGGAUAAAGACAAGAAAGCCCCCAUUUCUCGCUCUUCUCGUGCUGGUCUUCAGUUUCCCGUGGGCCGUGUUCACCGUCUGCUGAAGACGAGGGUUAGUGCAAAUGGAAGAGUCGGUGCAACAGCAGCUGUUUACACAGCAGCAAUACUCGAGUACCUUACUGCAGAAGUACUGGAACUUGCAGGAAACGCGAGUAAGGAUCUGAAGGUGAAGCGUAUAACACCUAGGCAUUUGCAGCUUGCUAUUCGUGGAGAUGAAGAACUUGAUACACUGAUCAAAGGAACCAUUGCUGGUGGUGGAGUUAUUCCUCAUAUCCACAAAUCUCUGAUUAACAAAUCAUCCAAGGAUUAGACCGACCAACCGACCGAGCUUUCAUGGUUCAGAUUGAUAUGAAGAUUUGUGUGUUUUGGGGAAGAAGAGGGAUUCUGAUUUAGAUAAGUUUUAGUUAAUGUUUUUCUCUAUUAAAAGUAGCCACAGCCACAGCCACAGCCACAGGAUUGAUGCCUAUUAUUGCUAAGGUGUUUUUUUAGGUGAUACUUUCAGCAAAUUUAUUUUGCAUCAUCUUCUUCAUCUGUUUAGUUUGAGUUCUCAAUGUUCAUAUAUGGUUGUUGAAAGUUGAAUGAUGCAUUAACUUCUCGUGCUGUUAGUUUUGCAAGCUCUAUUAGCAAUCUUCAUCUAUGACAUUAAAGAACCUUUGUGCUCUUUAUUUCUUUAAGCGUUAAUUAGUGCUUUGCUUUAA